AUGCGUGGCGUCCAAGUCUUCUCCGGCAGAUCUCACCCUGCCCUCGUCGAGUCUAUCUGUGAGCGACUGGGGUCUUCACCAGCCAAAUGCGAACUGGGCAACUUCGCCAACGGGGAAAUCAGCGUCCAGAUAGGCGUCUCUGUUAGAAACGAAGAUGUCUUCAUCGUGCAGAGUGGCAGCCCUCGCAUCAACGACAGUGUGAUGGAGAUGCUCAUCAUGAUUGCUGCAUGCAAGGGUGGCUCGGCCAAGUCCAUCACGGCUGUGAUUCCUUACUUCCCUUACUCCCGCCAAUCCAAGAAGAAGAGUCACCGAGGUGCAGUCACGGCAAAGAUGCUUGCUAAUCUCAUGGUGGUGGCCGGCGUGGACCAUAUCAUCACGGUCGACCUGCAUGCCUCACAGAUGCAAGGGUUCUUCGGGAAGCCCGUCGACAACCUAUUCGCGGAACCGAUCAUUGCCCGGUGGAUCAAAGCCAACGUCCCCCGCUGGGGCGAAGCAGUCGUGGUGAGCAAAAAUGUGGGUGGUACGAAGCGAGUCACUUCCCUGGCCGAUGCCCUCAAGCUCAGCUUCGCUCUCGUGUCCACCGACAAGGAUCGUUCACGGCAUUCACACCACCACAACAACCUAGCGGACAGCAUGGUUUUUUUUGAUGCCAUUGAGCCACAGUCCAUGCGUUAUCGCGACCACCUUCUGGAUGUUGAUGAGGCCGACGAUGCCGACAACGAAUCCGAAAGGUCACACCACCGCACUUUUCCUUUGCGUGCCAGGGGUCCCACGCUAAAUGGUGUCAGCCGCCCUGGCAUUGGCAGGCCCAAGGCAGUGACGAUAGCAGCGAGCCCCUUGGUCCAGGCGGCGAGAGUGGAAACGCCUUCUCCUCCUGCUUCGCCCAAUCCCUCGUCCCGCCUCGAGCCGAUUCCCAGCGCACGCCGACCCUCUGAAUACGAAGCUAGUGAAGCGCAGAAUGAUCAGCGGGCAAGAGAUGUGGUCGUGGGCCGGCUGAUCCAAGGCCACUUGGUGGACGACGACCGUCCCUCUUCAGCAAUGUCUAGCAUGUCUGCUUCCCUGGCGAACCUUGCUGGCGAGCGACCUCUCCAAGACGGAACAGAUAACCCCACCAAUGAUCCUAUGACUUCGUCCUUUGUAUCCAAUGCAUCGUCCUUUCAACCGGAACAUGCGCUCGGAGGAACCUUCGACGCGGCCGCAACGUCGGAUGAAGAAGAGGAGGGUAUCAAGAAUCCUGACCUUGAACACACCAUCACCCUCGUAGGAAACGUCAAGGACCGGACUGUCCUCCUUAUGGACGACAUUAUUGAUCGGUCUGGUUCGUGGAUUGCGGCGGCGGAAACCUGUGUCAAGAUCGGCCAUGCCAGAAAAGUUUAUUGCAUCGCAAUCCAUGGACUGUUUGGCGAGAGCUCCUUGGAGGAGUUAGAAGCAUGCGACUACAUUGACUAUAUCGUCGUGACAAAUACCUUUCCCGUGCCGCCUGAGCGGAUCCGUGCUUCGAAGAAGCUCAUCAUGAUCGAUCUCUCCAAUCUCCUCGCGGAGGCCAUCCGACGCAAUCACCACGGAGAGGAUAUGUCGACGCUGUUCCAGUUGAAUGCGUGA